AAAUCUACACCGAUCUUUCCAGAAAUUUUGUGGUUUUGAGGUUUAAAGAUCUUCAAUUUCAUCACCAUUUCCCCCGAUCUUCGUUUGAUUGAAGAGGAGAUUCAUGAAUUUAUAGCUUCUUCUUUGUUUCGUCUCUGUUAGGAAAUGUCUGUUGCUGAUGUUGCUUUAAGCCCGAUUCAUAGAGGAUCGGGGUUUGCUUUUGGUGGUUACCAACAAUCGACGCACUACUCUGUCAAAUCAGUUUUGGUCUUCCUUACUGUUUCUGGUUCUACGAUGCCUAUGCUCAUCUUGGAGUCUGAUUCUAUUGCCGAGGUUAAACUUAGGAUCCAGACUUGUAAUGGUUUUAGGGUUAGAAGACAGAAACUUGUUUUCAGUGGUCGAGAGCUUGCGAGGAAUGCGUCACGUGUGAAGGAUUAUGGUGUCACUGGUGGUAGUGUGUUGCAUUUGGUGCUCAAGCUCUAUGAUCCUUUGCUUGUUACUGUGAUUACUACUUGUGGCAAGGUCUUUCAGUUUCAUGUGGAUCGUCGUAGAAAUGUUGGGUAUUUGAAGAAACGGAUCUCUAAAGAGGGUAAAGGGUUUCCUGAGGUUGAUGAUCAAGAGAUCUUGUUUAAAGGAGAGAAGCUUGAUGACAACAGAAUCAUUGAUGGGAUUUGUAAAGAAGGAAACUCUGUGAUCCAUUUGCUGGUUAAGAAAUCGGUCGAAGAAGCUUGUGCUCUUGUCGAAGAUACGGUGAAAAGAGAAGAAGACACUGCUUCUGGUAAAGACUUCUUGUUAGAGCCCGUUGUUCUUAACCCUGAUGUGAAAUUACCUGAGGUUCUUGAGGAUAUGAUUGACCGCACAGUUGACGGGUUGAACAAAGGUAAUGCACCAGUGAGGUCAGCAGAAGGUACGGGAGGGACUUAUCUGAUGCAAGAUUCUUCAGGUCUCAACUAUGUAUCUGUCUUCAAGCCCAUGGAUGAGGAACCAAUGGCUGUGAACAAUCCUCAGCAGCUUCCUGUGUCAUCAGACGGUCAGGGAUUGAAGAGAGGAACUAGAGUAGGAGAAGGGGCAACAAGGGAAGUUGCAGCUUACUUAUUAGAUCAUCCAAAGAACGGACCGAGAUCUGUGUCUAAAGAAGUUAUGGGGUUUGCCGGUGUGCCACCAACUGCUAUGGUCAGAAGCUCACACAAAGUGUAUAAUUACCCAAAGGGAUUCAGCAGGUGUGCUACAAAAGAUUCCAAAGUUGGUUCUCUUCAAAUGUUCAUGAAGAACAAUGGAAGCUGCGAAGACAUUGGCCCUGGAGCUUUUCCUGUCGAGGAAGUGCACAAAAUCUGCGUCUUUGACAUAAGAAUGGCAAAUGCAGAUCGACAUGCUGGAAACAUAUUGACCGGGAAAAGCGAAGAAGGAAAAACUCUUCUUAUUCCCAUCGAUCAUGGCUAUUGUUUGCCCGAGAAUUUUGAAGAUUGUACAUUUGAGUGGCUCUACUGGCCGCAAGCGAAACUCCCGUUUUCUGCAGACACUCUUGACUACAUAAACUCUCUAGACUCCGAACAAGACAUCGCUCUUCUGCAACUCCAUGGCUGGAAUGUUCCUGAAGCUGUCUCACGCACUCUACGUAUCUCCACGAUGCUGCUGAAGAAAGGCGUUGAGAGAAACCUAACGCCAUAUCAAAUAGGAAGCAUAAUGUGCAGAGAAACGGUGAACAAGGACUCAGCGAUUGAAGAGAUAGUGAGAGAAGCUCAUAACUCGGUGUUACCUGCGUCAAGCGAGGCUACGUUUCUUGAAGCAGUCUCUGUAGCCAUGGAUCGUCGUCUGGACGAGCUAACUAAGUAACCUUUGAAGUACAUAAUAAAGUUGGUUUUACGGUAUGUAUGUAUAUGUAAUGUAUCUAUUAUGUGUGUUUACGUUGAGAAAAACGUUGAUAGGCUCUUCUUGGAUAAGUUUUUUUUCUUCCAUGAAAGAAGCCUUUAAGCUUUUGUGUUUUUUUCCUAAACCAUAAAUAAAACGGUGUUGCUUUU